AUGGCCGCCACGUUGGACAUCAUCGACCACUCGCCAAAGCACCCGGAGCCGUCACCGCCUGUUCCCACAGCUUCCAAUCUUAUUCUAAUUGACAAUUAUGAUUCUUUCACCUGGAAUGUCUACCAGUACCUCGUCCUUGAGGGUGCAACGGUCACUGUCUUCCGGAACGACAAGGUUUCGUUGGAGGAGCUCAUCGCAAAGAAGCCCACCCAGCUGGUCAUAAGCCCCGGUCCCGGCCAUCCAGCCACUGACUCGGGCAUAAGUCGGGACGCCAUCCAGUAUUUCGCCGGCAAGAUUCCCAUUUUCGGCGUCUGCAUGGGCCAACAAUGCAUAUUUGAUGUCUAUGGUGGAGAUGUCAGCUCUGCUGGAGAAAUUCUCCACGGCAAGACCUCGCCCCUGAUCCACGAUGCCAAGGGCGUGUACGCUGGCCUUGCACAGGAGCUGCCAGUCACCAGAUACCAUUCCCUGGCUGGCACCCAUGUGACGCUCCCCAAAUGCCUUGAGGUGACCUCCUGGAUCGAAAGGGAGGACGGCUCCAAAGGCGUCAUCAUGGGUGUCCGUCACAAGGAAUACACCGUCGAAGGUGUUCAGUUUCACCCCGAGAGUAUUUUGUCUGCCGAUGGCCGACUCAUGAUCAAAAACUUCCUGCACAUGCAGUCCGGCACCUGGGAGGAGAACGAGCGACUGCAGAAAGAGGCUGCCACAAAUGGCGCCAAAGAUGCCCCAAACGGAGUGUCAAAAGGGGCAAAGAAGAACAACAUCCUUCAGCAAAUCUAUGCCCGUCGAAAGGAGGCCGUGGCAGCUCAGAGGUUGGUCCCAUCACAGCGGCUCGAGGAUCUCCAGGCUGCAUACAAUCUCAACUGCGCACCACCACAGAUACCGCUAGUUGAGCGGUUGCAUCAGUCUCCCUUCGACGUUGCUCUAAUGGCAGAGAUCAAGCGAGCAUCUCCAUCCAAGGGUGUGUUUGCCCUCGACACAAAUGCCCCAUCGCAAGCCAAGAAAUAUGCGCUUGCAGGCGCGAGUGUUAUCUCAGUUCUCACCGAACCCGACUGGUUCAAGGGAAGUAUUGAAGAUCUGCGCGCCGUGAGGCAAUGUCUCAAUGGCAUGCCGAAUCGCCCAGCCAUCCUUCGAAAGGAAUUUAUCUUUGACGAAUAUCAAAUACUCGAGGCUCGACUGGCCGGCGCCGACACUGUUCUUCUUAUCGUCAAGAUGCUAGACUCUGAGUUGCUCGAGCGCCUGUACAAAUACUCUCUUUCGCUCGGGAUGGAGCCUUUGGUGGAAGUCCAAAAUGCAGAGGAGAUGGUGGCCGCUGUCAAGCUCGGCUCAAAGGUAAUCGGCGUGAAUAACCGUAACUUGGAGACAUUUGAGGUCGACUUAGGUACAACAAGAAGUCUGAGAAGCAUGGUGCCGAAAGACGUCAUCAUAUGUGCUCUCAGCGGCAUCAACAGCCACAAGGAUGUAGUGGAUUGCAAGAACGACGGCGUGAACGCCGUUCUUGUUGGCGAGGCGAUAAUGCGAGCCCCGGAUGCAUCACAAUUUAUUCGUGAACUCUGCUCAGCCCGGAAGACCCUCACUAGCAGGGGACCUCUUGUUGUUGGCGUGUUUCAAAAUCAGCCGUUAGAGGAAGUCUUAGAGAAGCAGAAACUCUACAACCUUGAUGUCGUUCAGCUCCACGGAAAGGAGCCUGUGGAAUGGGCCAGCCUCAUACCUGUUCCCGUCAUCCACAAGUUUGGUCCGGGAGAGCCGGGGGUCGGCCUUCGUGGUUACCAUACAAUCACAUUGCUAGAUUCCGGCUCGGGCUCUGGUGAUCUCCUUGACUUCUCACUCGUACGACAGCAACUGGAGAACGACAAGGACUUGAGGGUGCUCUUCGCCGGCGGUCUCACCCCUGACAACGUAAAGCAAGUCAUUGCGGCCAUAGGACCCCUUUCGGAUAGGAUAAUUGGUGUCGACGUAAGCAGCGGUGUAGAGGAAGGUGGAAAGCAAAGCUUAGAGAAAAUCAGGGGUAGCAUUCCAUCUUUUGCACCCAACAUCAUUCACAUACAUUUCAAGAUGGUGCGCAACAAGGCAGAGAAGCCCAUUUUUAGAGGCAUUGUCGCGUGUGUUUCUGGCGACCUCGGCCGCGAUUGGUCUGAGGAUGACAUUCUGCGAUGGAUCAAACAGCGCGACGGCGCUAUUGUUCAGCAGAUGGAUGGCUCUGUCACUCACUUGCUCUGCAGCAUGGAGGACUUCAAGAGGAAGAGCUCCAAAGUUGCAUAUGCACUCAAGAAUCUCAAGAAGUCCUGCCACAUUGUCACCAGCGAUUGGCUCGAGGACAGCAUUCACAAGAAGCGGAAGUUGAAAGAGACCAAGUACUUGCUGCAGACGGCCUUCAGAGCCGAGCGAGCCCAGAAUGCAAAGGAGAUCAAGGCGCUGAAAGCUGCUCAGCCAAAGAAGCAGCCCGAGAACUUCGUGAUCAAGGAUCUCUACCAUACUUACUCCGAUAAGACCUACUUCCGCUAUGAGGUGGAGCUCGUUAGAGUCAACCCUGAUCAUCCCGAGAACAAGAAACUCAAUGAACGCUAUUUUCUCUAUUUGUUCGAGUCUAACGCGAAACCGCAUUCCUACGCAUUUGCUGCCAAAUAUCUUCAAAAGGAAGGCAGCCACCCCCUUCACAUGCGCUCUAGCUCAUGCGACAAAAAGUUCGAUGUCGCGUUCCAAGAGUUUCAGGACUUCUUUUUGAAGAAGACCAAUAUCGACUGGAUGGCUCGCCUGGCGGAGGCUGGCACGAAAGGCCCCAGAUCUUUCCACUAUACGCCUCCGACUGGAGGCAAACCUGUCGGUGUUGUAACUGGAAAGUAUGCGAGAUUCAUCUGCCAACCCAGCGUUGUUGACAAUGCGCAAGCGGCAUUAGGGGCUAGCAGCGGAGGUCUUGAUACGGAGAUGCAACUCGACAAUAUACAGGUCGCUCCGGACGCUCCGGACGAGCAUGCUACAACUAGACUUCAGCCUACACAAAUACUCGUCAACAGCGAGCGCAGCAAGGCAACUCUCGAAGAGAUGCAGUGUGAGAUCGUUGAUGAGAUCGUGCAGAUGCUCGUGGAUGAAGUGGUCAAAUCUACUCUUGAGGUUGAUUUACCUGGAACAUCUGACAGAAUCCUGAGCUCUGGUAUUCAGACCAAAAAGAGUUCGGCUCGUACAAUUGAGGCUGACAACUAUCGUUUGCAGCAUAUGCACACAGCACAACUGCCUAACCUCGACGUGCCUCGUGACGAAGACUCUGCUAUGGAGGAGGCUGAAGUCAUACAUCACAAUCAAGAGGAUCAAAUCAUUUCCAUCAACAAGGUGCCUGUUGAGGUUGAUGGAGAGCUCCAAGAGGCGAAGGAGUGUGUUCAUCCUCGCAUUGCUGAAAUCUCCGAAACAACGCUUGCGGCAAGUACGGGCAAUGUCUAUUUGGAGAAGGCACCAGCGGUUCUGUCUCCUGGCUCCACUGGUGAGAAUACAAGCGAGCCAGGUCAGUUCGAGGACAUAUUGGCUAAAUCCAGCAUUCAGCACCUGGCGGCCAGUUACCCGACCCUUGAUGGUAGUCGACUAGAGGAGUCUACAGGCGUGAUGUAUUACACCAAUAGUGCGUGGUAA